UUCUAGCGUAUUAAUUAUUAAUUAAUUAUUACUAUUUUCUUCUAUCUUUGCGAAAAAAUAAAUAACACACAGAAAGAAAUGAUAUUGUCCAGUCGUAUUUCUCACAGACGACGGCAAUAAAAAAAAAAAAACAAUUAAAAUGGCGCAGUAGAGAACUAUGGGAAGUAUCUGUUGCCAUGGCAACCAAGAGACGCCAGUCAUAUUUUCAAAACAAGACAUAUUUCUGCGUGUUAAUUAACAAUGGAAGAACAAUUAAGAAAACAAUUGGUUAAACAGUUUCUGGAGUUUAAAAUUUUUAAAGAAAAUGAGUUGGCUCAUCUGAAUGAAAAAAAAUUAAAUGCUCUACUGAUACCAUUAUUAAGAGAGAAGAAAUUAAAAGAACUUCUAAAAGAUGGAGAACUGAUGUUUCAACAGUUUCAGAAAAUGUUAGAUAUGAAAAAUGAAUUAUGUUCAUUUUUUGAAAAGGAAUUUCAAGUAUCAGAAAUGCAAUAUAUAAGAACAAUUAGUCAUUAUUAUGAAAUUUUUAAUGAAAUUAUUGAAAUAUUUCAGCAUAGAGCCCAAGAUAUAUAUUUUAAUUUAUCAAGUCAACUAACAUUUUUCAAAGAAAAAUAUGAAAAGACAUACAAAGACAUAAAUGAGAGACAUAAUGAUGAUAUUAGAAAGAUCAAUGAGAUAAAAAUGGAAGAAAAAGUUAAUUACGAAGAAAAUCAGAAAUGUUUAGAAGAUAAAUAUGAAAAACAGAUAAAUGAGUUGAAAAAGCAAGAAAUAGAUCAAAAACAGGAAAUAAAAGUUGCAAUAGAACCAACAAUAGAAAAACUUUGGAAAUUAAUUAUAGAAUGUUAUAAAAGUUACCAUGUUAGCACUUUAGAACAAAGGACCUUGUAUGAAAAUUUAAUAGAAAAAGAUAAAAAAUGUAUUGAAGAAAUUAAGGUAAAUAGAGAAAAGAUAUUAACUGAAAAGAAAAAUAUUGCAAAAUUACAACAAAAAAUUAAAAAUAUUAAAGAGUUCCAAUAUGAAGAGCUAUAUAAACAAGAAAAGGAAAAUAAAGAAAUUCAAGAAUAUUCUGUGAAAAGAACAAAAGCAUUAAGCAAAAUAUUGAAAAAUAAAAAGCAGGAAAUUAAACACUUUGUCAUGGAAACAGAUGAAAUUUUGAAAUAUUUAAAUAUGUUGAUAGAGAAAGCUGAAAAAAUAUUUAAAAUUAAAGAAUUAUAUUCAGCACUAGAAUUUACAGAUGAAAAAAUUCAACCAUAUAAUAAGUUAUCUGAAGAAUGUAUAAAAGAAGAGGAACUGGAUUUGUUAGAAAAUUUCAAGAGAAAUUAUAAUAAAGUACUAUUAGAUUGUUGCAUUUUAAACAAAGAUAUAGAAGAUUUAAAGAGAAAAAAUAAGGAAUUGCAUUUAAAUCUGAGUAGUGAUUCUGUUGAUUUUCAGAUAAAUACUUGUGCCGUAAAAACAUCCUGUAAAUAAUAUUUUUCAUUUUAAUGAAAAUGUUAAGUAUUUGCAUUUUUUUUAAAUAUUAAAAUGUACAUUUAAUAAUUAAAAAUAUAAAAAUUUUAA